AUUUGCAGACCUUAUCAAACGUGAAAAAGGCCCAUUCACAUUUGAUAAUAACAAUAACAAACACUGUGUUAGGAGAACGUAGUAAUGGCAAUUCUGCGUGCUUUUGCAGACUUGACGGUAGAGGGUUUGUUUGAAUAGUGUCAUUACAGGUUUGCAAAGUAUGCCUAGUUAGACAGAGCUUUCUCACAACUUGAACUUGACAGCAUCUGUAGCUUCUCCUGUUGUAGGUAACUAACGUUAGCUAGCUAGCUAUGGCUAUUGGCCGCGGACAACUUUUCCGCAGUUUCAGAGAGGGUUUGUUGAAGAAUGCCCCGCCAACAGUGGGUCAAGGACCGACAGGCAAAGAGAAUAGUAGACUCUGCGAGAAAAUGACUGGAUUUUCCCCGGGCACUCAAAGUGUGGAACCACCAACACUGCCACGAAAGAAGAAGAAGAAAAAGAAGGCGGCAAAGGCUACUGUACCCUGUCAGCCAGUUGUACCACUGCCAAGGGUACCUACAAAGUCUAGCGGCAAGCCAGCUGAGUGCACACCAAAUCACAUAGAGAGGAUGCCACCGGAGAUCCUUCUGAAGAUCCUAUCGUACCUGGAUGCCCUCUCUCUCUUCUCCAUCGGCUUCACCAACAAGCGAUUCUAUGAGAUGGCCCACAACAAUGGAAUGUGGCACAAGAUGUAUUCUGCAGAGUAUGGACACAGUAAGAACUGGAGGCCCAAGCGUUUGGACGAGGUGCUGGAUAAACUGAGUGCGGUGGUGGUCCAGGAGAGACCAGAGGGCUAUUGGAGAAGACUGUACUUCAGGACCAUGGCUGGCUUCAAUGAGACCAAGUGGAGGAAGGAGUUGAGAGAUAUCAACCCUUUCACAGGCUUGCCCAGUCAGACUGAAAGAAUCCUCAGGAGCCAGCGUGUGACCUGGGAGAUCACAGUGUCUGACAAGUGGGGGUUGGAGGGGACGUUUGAGCAGAGCCGUGCCUACUUCUCUGACUCGUCCGUGACGGUGUGCUGGAGCAGCGGGCGCUGGCCCUCCUUCCACCAGCUUUCUACCUUACAGCUAGAUGGUGUCAAAAGACAAGCUCUCAGCUCCCCUAACAUCAAUAAGCCUGGCUGGCGGUCUCUGAUGGCUAAGUUUGACUGGGACACCAUCUCUAAGAGUGGCCAGGUCAUCGGUAGAGACCAACUAGUCACCCUGGUACUGUUUUCGCCUAGCAUCGUCAUUGGCGUCUGGAGGGGCCGGUGGUCCAUUGCCUUUGUGAUGGCCAGCUUCCACUACCACAGGCUGGUGGAGAGGAGUCUCCUGGGCACCUCGAUGUGCCCCUAUUCCAUGCCAGAGAACAAGCCUCCUUUCGACGACAUGGACCCUGACUCCGGCCUCCAUGGUUACACGCUCCGCAUUAUACUACACAACACUGUGACCCAGAUCAUGGCCGGCCACUUCUCUCAACUCUACUGUAGCAAAAGUCAGGUCCAUGGUGGUUUCAUCCAGCUGAAUGUCAUCAACAGGGGAAGCCUGUCCCAGCACACCCCUCUCUCUGGCAGGAUCAGCCUGCCCUGGAAGUGUGAGGCUCUAGAGGGCACCGUGGAGAAUUGCUGCAUGAUGAGCCUGACCCUGAUGGAUGAGUACCAGAACCCCUUCUGGUGUGUCAGCACACCUGUGUGUAUGGCACUGAACAGUAAGGAGCCAUCCAACGACUACGAGGGUCAGCACUUCCUGAUCAAGUACCAGGAUGCAGAAGGCAAGGUGAGGAUGGACCUUGUGUGGCUGGAAGAGCAGAGACAGUACUUCCUCAUCAAUCUGGUAGUCUUCAUCGCCACGGCCAAAGUCAACAAGCACUUUGGGAGAGCCUACUGACGCUGCAUGUAGAGGUGGCACUGUGAUGACAAAGUGGUGACAUAAACUGUCAUGACAGCUGACAACUGCUUAUGACAUCUGUUAUGUUGUUGUUAUGCAGUAUAAUGUAGGCCUUAUGAUAGAAGCUUGAAGUAAAGUGUUGAGCCUGUAUACAGUAUGUCAAUUGAUGACAUAGUUUAGUUGUGUUUUGUUCUGAGUAAGUUUGAGGGUUUGCCCCGGCCAGUUUUCAUUAUUUCUGUAUAUUUAUAUUGUUUUAUGCAUUGUUUUGUGAAUCAUUAGUACACAUUGGUAAAAUGUAAUCCUACUUUUUUUAAGUAUGUUUUGCCAUAUUAUAAAGAGCAAAACUACAUGUGAAAUGUGUUAACAGAGUUGAACUAUUUGGGGUUUGUAAACUUUCUGUUACAGAUGGACUAUCUGAUUCUGAUAAAUAUUCUGAUUUAUAUAUUUCGGUGUUAUUUUGUAUUCCGCCAUAGUGCAUUCUUUAAAAGCACUAGACAAGCUAAGUGAAACUGGAGGGAUCAGCCUGUGUUCUACUGUAUUACGCUUUACAUUCUCAGGAUGGCAGCAGUGAUCUUCAUCCCCAAUAGCACUAUUUUCAGUCCCAGCAAAACGCAAGUGCUCCCUCACAGCCCUGGCCACAAUUGCUUUUCUUUCUAAGCUGAGCGAAGUCUUAUUGUGUACACUGCCUCACUGUUAGAACCUAAUCAGGACAACUGCUGAUGCCAACUGUCUAAGCAUCAAUAUUAUUAUUUCUACAUACUGAUUCCAUAUAUCCAAGCCUUCAUUUAUACAAAUAUUGUUCAAUACAGUAGCUAGUUACAGUAAAGAGUUAUUGAUUGAGUGGAAAGAACUGCUGCGAUUCACUGCUUUGGUUCAUUGAGUCGAUGCUUCAGUACAUUUGGCACAUGGGCCCUGUGUAUGUUCUGAACCAGAAAACGAAAGAGCGAAUAAGUGAGAGAGUGGAGAUUACACUCAUACAUCACAGCAUCCUGGUCCCACCUCGCCGCCUUCUCUGGAUCCUGAGUGAGUUGUAACACUCUAGGGCCCUGGGGCCAUCGGAUGUUUAAAAUUCUCAACGACUGACCUCCCCAUCCAAGCAUCCAUCUUCGGGUGGCCUUUUCAGAUAAUUAUAUUUCACAGGUCCUAAUAGUGCUGACCCCUCAACAGACAGCAGAGAUCACUACAAAAGAUAAAGAUUAUACAGAUCAGGUAGUUGUUUAAAUCCCUCACAGUUCUUUUGACUGCUUACUUUUGUCUUGAUAAUGUGUUCCUGUUUAAAGAAGCUUUACCGGCAUAGGUAGUAGCCAGUUUAUUAGGUAUACCCAUCUAGUACCUGGUCAGACUCCCUUUUGCCUGCAGAACACAUUGAAUUCUUCAGGGCAUUGAAACGUUGCUCAAUUGCAAUCAAGGGAUCUAACAUGUGCCAGGACAACUUUCCCCACACCAUUACACCACUGCCACCAGCCUGUACCAUAGACACCAGGCAGGUUUGGGCCAUGGACCCAUGCUGCUUAAACCAAAUCCUGACUCUGCCAUCAGCUUGAUGCAAUAGGAACCGGGAUUCAUCGGACCAGACAAUGUAUUUCCACUCCAUUUUUUGUGAUGGUUGGUGUUCCUAAUAAACUGGCUCUUGAGUAUA